AUGAUAGUUGUUGAACGAGAAAUGCGAGUGAUGGAAAAUGCGAACAAAUUAGAAAGAAAGAAGAAAAAACAGCGGAAAAAUCAAUACUUUGCUGUAUGGGUGAGGGAAUAUUUUUCUGUGAUGAUAUCAGAACUUAAUGCUCAAUUUAUUAAAGCAGGAAAAAUAUUUUCAAACUCAUCUGAAAUGUCAAAACGCAAUGAACAAACAUAUAAUCCCCAAUCAAGUUUUAAGCGUCAUACACAAAGGCACAUAGCGAUCAUAAAACAGCACGAUUUUAAUUAA